GACAUCACAUGACAGAAUGAGCUGUCAAAAUCAACAUUCACCCCCAGUAGUGUACAUGGUGCACCUACAAAAACACCGAUACUAAAUACUAAAAGAUUUAAAAAAUACUUUUGCAAUACCUGUUGUCAGAAUGGAACUAGAAGACAUUUUUUUUUCUACGAGUGAAUAUGUCCAAACGCACACCGGCAAUAAAGUUAGUCGACAGUCAACUUUGUGCGGAUCUCAAAAUAUUAUUUUAAAUGGAAAGAAUAUAAUCAUGGGAGAGAGUAUGAUACGUGGUGAUCUGGCUAAUGUCAGAAUGGGACAGUAUUGCAUUCUGAGUAAACAAUCGGUAAUCCGCCCACCAUUCAAAAAAUUUGCUAAAGGAGUUGCAUUCUUCCCUCUUCAUGUUGGUGACCAUGUGUUUAUUGGUGAAAACUCUGUUGUAAAUGCAGCUGUUGUUGGCUCUUAUGUUUACAUUGGGAAGAACUGUGUUAUUGGAAGGCGAUGUAUUUUAAAAGAUUGCUGCAUGAUUGCAGAUGAUACUGUUCUUCCUCCUGAGACAGUAGUGUCUCCAUUUACUGUUUAUUCUGGCUCUCCUGGUCACUGUAUUGAAGAGUUGCCAGAAGCCAUGCAAGAUUUAAUGAUUGAUUAUACUAAGAGUUUUUAUCAGCACUAUAUUCCGGAUAAAGAUGCUUCUGGUGUUAACCCGCUUAGUAUUGCAUCAAGAAAAUGAACAGUAAAAAGAAAACGUUACAAAAUUGUAGAACCGUUUCUACUCAUCAGAAAUUUGUGAAUUUUUUUACUGAGUUCUGGUCCUACUUUCCUCGAAGUGGAGAGAGGUCCAGCAUGUCGGCGAAUCUGUAUAGGGAAAAAUGAUUCAGUUGCUGGAUAUUUACUAAAACACAACUUAAAUUACCGGUAUAUCUUGAAGCAACAAUGAAGCGUCCUUGUCACAACCACAAGUUUUAUAAGCCUUUAACAAGACAUUACAAUUAUAUAUUUAUACCAUA